AUGGUCUCCCACCUGAUCAGCAGUCCACAACCGCCUCUGCGUCUGCAGACGGCGCCGCUGCUUCUUCUCGCUGCGCUGACGGCACUCUGCCCAGGCCUCGCCGACGACCGCUCCUCCGAACUCGAUGUGAUCGCAGUGUUGAGCAUUGCCACAUGUGCUGCUACGUGGGAACUGCACGACAUUCUCAGGACUGAUACUCUACACAUGGCAAUCACAGAUAGCCCUUGUGCAAGAUUACCUCCACGCCAAGCCAUCACUGUGCCGAUAACAGCAGUAAAAGAUGAGCUGGCGCAGCUUGUUCUGGACUUGCGAAGUGGAGGUGCCCUGUCCUGGAAUUCUGCAGUGGUGUUGUUCCACCGACAGCGUCAGCCAGUUAAGGAAUUACAGGCCAAUAUAGUUGAGGCAAUGACACGUAAUGAUGGUGGUUUGCCAAUUGCACUGUCAUUCUUUGAACUCGCUGCUGAUCACACAAGAAUGAAUGAAAAAGUACUGCACCUGUUUCGUAAGAUAGCCCAUGAUAAACUCAGCAGCCAUAUAUUGGCAGUUGUUCCUGAAAAUCUUGCAUCAGUCUUACUUCAUCAGGAAGGCAUUUAUUGUCACAUAUCAGAAGUGGCACACAGCUUUGUAGCUGCCCUGUCCCACACUAUACAGCAGGAGAAGAACAUUUCACAACAAGUGUCUGAAGAUGAAUGGGAUAUUCUACAGCCAUCAAAAAGGGAACACCAUGAUGCCAUUCUUGCAGCUCUUAUUGAACAGCUAGAUGUUAAAGGAAAAUGUGAUGCAUGUAGAAGAUGGACAAUCUUUGCAGCAGAAACUUGGGGAGUAGGUGCUGUUAGCUCACUUCCAGAAAUAGGUAUAUGGACUACUCGUCUGGGGACACAAUUAACAAACAAUUUGUUUCCACACAGUGCUUACAAAUUUUGUGGUCGUAACUUGCAAGUGCUCUCAUUUCAUAGUCCACCAUGGCAAAUUAUCCAUUACAAUGCCACACGAAGGGAGUUCCAAUAUGAGGGUGUCUUCUUCAAAGUUCUAAGUGUGCUGUCUGAGCGACUGAACUUCAGGUACAGAGUAAUAUUUUUAUUAUUCCAGCAGAUAUACUGUAGCACACAUUCUCAGGAUGCAGGAAAACUUUUUAGUGUUCAUAUAACUUACUGCAACCCACCUAACAAUACUAACUGGGCAUCAAAUGUGCCGCACUGCUGCAGCCGCUCAUUUGGUGGUGGUGUGGUUGCCAGCCUGUUUUGUGUCCUCUACACAGUGAUGCAGCCAACAGACCACAAAGGAAAUAUUGCCAAUGAUACUGAUCUUGUUGGCUCUGAUGUGAUGGCUACACAGCAACAGAGUGUUUUUAUUGGAGCAGCAGCAUUCAUCAUAAAUGAUGCUCGUAAACUGAAAGUGAAUUUUACUUUUCCUCUGGGUACUGUCACAUACACUUUCUUAUCUGCACGACCACGAGAGCUGAGUAGAGCUGGGCUCUUCAUACGUCCAUUUGGAAAUGAUACAUGGCUAUGUGUUGUGGCAUCAGUACUGAUGAUGGCAAUGUUGUUGUACUGGAUGAAUCGUCUAAGUGUGGUUCCCCGACUGAAAAAGGUCAAUGGUCUUGCAAAAAUGGUGAACUGCUUUUGGUACAUGUAUGGUGCCCUGUUACAGCAAGGUGGAGCAAACAUGCCAAAAGCAGACAGCAGUCGCUUAUUAGUAGGAACAUGGUGGCUUGUUGUCCUUGUCCUAGUUACAUCAUACAGUGGAAACUUGGUGGCUUUCCUUACAUUUCCAAUACUAGAAGCACCUUUAACAUCUGUUCGCCUUAUGCCAGGAAGGAGACUUUCUUGGGGUCUGGUAACUGGUUCUUCAUUGGAACAGUUACUAAAAACAUCGGAUGACCCAGAACUGCACAAGCUGCAUGAGGAUGCUGUGCAGCAUAAAGAACUGAAUGAAACUCUGUUGUCAAUGCUGGCAUCGGGUGACCACAUCCUCCUCCACAGCCGUCUUACACUGCGGCGACUGACACGAAUUGACCUGCGCAAGUCUUCAGUGUGCCGCUUCAUGAUAGGUGAUGAAAAUUUUGUUGAAGAAGAAGUUGCCAUGAUUCUACCAAAGGAUAGUCCAUAUUUAGAGAUGAUAAAUGAAGAGAUAAGGCGGAUAAAGCAGUCAGGUCUUAUCGAAAAGUGGGAGGCUGACAGCAGACUCUCUGGGGAUCGCUGUACACAAAUAGCAUCUGCAUCUGAUGUUUCCAACCACAAAGUCAACAUGGCUGACAUGCAAGGGUGCUUCUUUGUACUUUUACUUGCAAACUAUGAUGAAUAA